UCGCCUUAAGCCGGCCGAGGUUCACGGAACACUCAAUCAUCGCCCAUGCUGCAAAGACAACUCCAUGCGAGCCGUUUCAUAAGAGGGAACCUGUCGCUGAGGAUCCUCGGCGCUUCAUCAUCUCGAUAUUUCAUCCGGCACAGCGGAAGCACGCGAACCAUGGCCUCUUCAGGAAAGCCGUUUGAGGGCGUUUCGCUGGACGAUUUGCCCAAAUCAUGGAACUUUACGGCCUCACUGCCUCCGGAUCAAGCCUUUCCAAAUCCGGCAGACUCGCAUAAGACUCCUAGAGACAAAAUCUUACCCCGACAAGUGCGCGAUGCUCUCUUUACUUGGGUACGACCAGUCCAACAGGAAGACCCCGAACUGUUAGCUGUAAGCCCAGCUGCACUGCGGGACAUUGGAAUCAAAGAGGGCGAGGAGAAAACCGAAGACUUUCGACAGCUAGUAGCUGGCAACAAGCUGUAUGGCUGGGACGAGACAAAGCUGGAAGGCGGAUACCCUUGGGCGCAAUGCUACGGCGGCUUUCAGUUUGGCCAGUGGGCAGGUCAGCUCGGAGAUGGAAGGGCCAUUUCGCUGUUUGAGGCAACGAAUCCGGCGUCUAAUGUGCGUUAUGAGCUGCAGCUCAAGGGGGCCGGCCUAACUCCAUACUCUCGAUUUGCAGACGGAAAAGCCGUGCUUCGAUCCAGUCUCCGAGAAUUUGUUGUUUCCGAAGCACUCAACGCACUCAAGAUACCCACAACAAGAGCACUGUCUCUUACCUUGCUUCCUCAUUCCAAAGUCAUGCGAGAGACGACCGAGCCUGGAGCUAUAGUGCUCCGAUUCGCCCAAUCAUGGCUGCGGCUGGGCACUUUUGACAUAAUGCGGGCAAGAGGAGAUCGCGACCUCAUAAGGAAGCUUGCAACAUAUAUUGCAGAAGAUGUCUUUGGCGGAUGGGAAACGCUCCCUGGACGACUAGAGUCACCCGAGGACCCUAAGAAGUCACCACCUCCUAAGCGCGGGAUACCGGCAUCUGAAGUUCAAGGACCCAGCAAUGCAGCCGAAAAUAGAUUCCAACGGCUGUAUCGAGAAAUUGUGAGGCGCAAUGCCGUGACUGUUGCCCACUGGCAAGCAUAUGGAUUCAUGAACGGUGUUUUGAACACUGAUAACACAUCAGUAUACGGCCUGUCGAUGGACUAUGGCCCAUUUGCUUUUAUGGACAACUUCGAUCCGUCAUAUACUCCAAACCAUGAUGACCACAUGCUGCGGUAUAACUACAAGAAUCAACCCACUAUUAUAUGGUGGAACCUCGUGAGGCUCGGCGAAGCUCUUGGUGAGCUUGUGGGCAUUGGAGCUCAAGUCGAUGACGAGACCUUUGUCAACAAAGGCAUCAGAGAAGAACAAGAGAAAGAAUUAGUUGAGAGGGCAGAGAAUCUCAUCACCCAAGCCGGAGAGGAAUACAAGACUGUCUUCCUGAACGAGUACAAGAGACUAAUGACAGCGAGGAUUGGCCUGCGCAACUUCAAAGAGACGGAUUUCGACGAGCUCUUCAGCGAAGGGCUUGAUACUAUGGAAGCUUUGGAGUUGGAUUUCAACCACUUCUUCCGUCGCUUGGGCACCAUUAAAUUGGCGGAUAUCGCAGACCCGGCGGGUAGAAAAGAAAAGGCUGCCAUCUUCUUUCACAAAGAAGGGCCGCCCCAGGCAGUGAGCGCAGACGAUGCAAAAGACAGAAUUGCCAAAUGGCUUGACAAGUGGCGGGCGCGUGUCUUGGAAGACUGGGGAAGUGAAUCUUCUGAUUCCCUUUCUGAAGAUCAGGAUGCGGAAAGAAGACAGGCCAUGAAGCAGGUGAACCCAAACUUCGUCCCUAGAGGCUGGAUCUUGGACGAGGUGAUACGGCGUGUCGAGAAAGAGGGCGAGAGACAAGUCUUGGAUCACAUCACGCACAUGGCUCUACACCCGUUUGAAGACUCGUGGGACGGGAUUGCAAUUGACGGUGUUGAGUACAAGGGCGACCCAGAGGAGGAACAGAGAUGGGUUGGCGAUGUGCCCAGGUUUGAGCGAGCGAUGCAAUGUAGCUGCAGUUCAUAGAUAGCAAGCUAAAUACAGCCCAAUUGCGCUCCCA